AUGUUAUCUAGAUACUUGGUGGGAUUCCUUCUGGCUGCCUCUGCGCUAGCCUCUCCCAAAUACACUUAUAAAAGAGCUAUUGAAAAACGUGCAAGCCCAAAAGUCGAGGGAUACACUAAGCGAGAAACAUCCCAGAUUCAUGAUGCAUUUGGAGAUGCUAUGAAAAUCGCAAAAUCCGUUCUGACUACAAAAGCCGAUAUUGUCGACCCUAUUUUCAACAAAUACUUCCUUCCAUCGCAUCGCAAAGAUGUAUUUGACGUCUUCGAAAAGAUUACUGGUGGAGAAUCCGCAGGAUAUUCCGGCAAUUCUAUUCUAAAUCAGAUGACUAUUGUCGCUGAUUAUGAAAAAGAUGGUGAAUAUGCUUGCGAUGGCAGUGCUGAUGCAGAGCUACGUGAUUGGGAAACUAAAAGCCCUAAAUUGGUGCUUUGUGAGUACGGGUUUUUGUAUGGUGGAAUUGAUAAAGGAUAUCCCAAAUUUGGCGAUGAGCCUGAAGUGGAUUCUAUAACUUGCAGCAGUAUUCGAAAAAGUGGGAAUAAAAUAUACUCAUUGGAAGACGUUGGUGGCGCCUCCAUUGAGUAA